AUGUCUACUGAAACGUUAAAUAAGGCAGCCGAUAAACUCAUCGGUCUCAUCAUUAUUCAGCACUGGUUACUAGUUGGGCUGUGGUUUAAGAAAAAAAAUGGAAAUCAAUCGAUUUCAUAUGCACGCUCCUUAAUUGAGUUCAUGAAAAAAUUAUUCCGUACAUUGGAUACAUCUGGUAUGUUGAGAAGAACAACGAUUAGACAGAUGAUAGUUUUAUGGUCAACUUAUCUCUUAGAACAUUUCAAGUUGAUAGUUUUUCCAGAAAAUUUAUCGCACUUGCUGGAAGAAGCUCGAGAACUUGUCGUGCUUAUAACUUUAUUCUGA